CGGAAGAACUUUUUCCAUUUUUCCAAAACACUCUUCUAGUGAUCCAUCCGUACAGAUGUAACGUUCCCUGCCUUUCUUUUUAUUGUAGUUUUGAUUAGGGGGUCUGUAUGUUCAUGUGAGAAUCCUGAAUUCUCUGAAAGGGGUAUUCUUUCGUAGUCGCAUUUCAGUCUUUAAGUUUAUAAGAAUUUCCUUUUUCUCCCCCCAAAAAAAAGAAAAAAAAAAAGCUUUUCAAGAAACUUCUCUGCGAAACCCUCGCCUUGCUCUGUUUCUCAAUCACUCUUGCUUUCUCCUAUUUUCUCGGCAUUGUCAUAACUUGCUCGGGAAGAUUGAUGGGUUGAUUUUGCUGCCGACUAUGAUCAAGUUGCAUGAUUAUGACGAGGAAAUAUUGGUUUGGGGUGGGGUCAAUGUCAGAAGAUUUUGUAAUUUGGUGGUGAAGUGCAUGAAGCGUCGAAGUGUGGUGAAGUGUGUUGGAGGAAAAAAUAAUUUUGUUAGAAAUAAUGUGACUGUUUGUUUGAAGUGUGGUGGUGAAGGAUUCUCUGUGGAAUUGGUUUACUGUGAAAAAUGUCAAGAUUAUGCCAUGCAUUGGUAUUGCUUGGAUGUUCCACCAACAUCACCUAAUCAGUCUGUUAGCUGGUUUUGUGAGGACUGCGAACCAGAGGUAGAAAUAACAUGUUCAUCUAGUUCAAGCAAGUUAUUGGAUUCAAAAGAAAUGCAAGCCAACAAAUCUAGAGAAGGGAAAAAGAAGACAACAAAGGAUGCUGAUAAAUUUGCUGCUGAAAAGGAGGUGCAGAUUUGUGAAGGUAAUCCUUCCCUUCGUGAGACACAUUGUAGUGGGAAUUAUUAUAAGGAUCAGAAGUUCACAAAAGAAUGGAAACUUGUUGUAAAAGAGAAAGAGGCAGAAUCUCUACAGACUUCUCCAAUUGCUGUCAGUGAUUUGAAUGCUUCAAGUAUGGAGAGAUAUGAUUGUUAUGUUCAGUCACAACCUAUUAUUGAUCCAAUUUGGAGGGGAAAAUUGUGCAUGCGCAAUAACUUCAAUACAGUUGACCGGUUAGCAGUUGUGGCCCAUUUGUCUACCUUAGCAUGCACAAAAGUUCAUGAGACAGCAAAAUUACUUCCAGAGUUGCUCUUUCUGGAAUUGACUCAUAGGUCUCGUGUGUGGCCUAAAAGUUUUGAGAAUUUGGGGCCAAGUAAUCAUGAUAUUGCUUUAUAUUUCUUUCCGGAUAGCAUAAGGGUUGAAAAUAUCUUUGAUGUCCUAGUCGAUGAGAUGAUCCAACAGAAUCUUGCCAUGAGAGCCGUCUUGGAAAAUGCUGAACUCUUAAUUUUCCCGUCCACUGUAUUGCCCAUGCAGCAUUGGAGGUUUCAAACAAAGUUUUACUUGUGGGGGGUGUUUAGGAGAAAGCAAAAUUCACAUCCUGCAGGUGAUGUUGUCCCCAAAAGUGAGAAAAGCCUUGCCUUAGCUCGUUACAGGCACAGUCCCAUCAGCCCUUUGAGCAACAUUGGUAGUUAUGAUUAUGACUCUGUGCCCUAAUUUUCUACAUCAGCAACAUUAUUUUGUUUUGUUAUAAAAAAAAAUAUAUAUAUAUAUAUAUAUAUAUGAAAAAUCUGUAUAGUGAUGCUGUUCCUUUUUCCAUUUUGUGGUAAAUGUUGUAUUUUUUAAUUGACGAGCAGCAUGUAAUAUGGAGUAGGAAUUUUGGCUGUGUAUAACCCAAGCUAAUUCUACAGAAUUUCGGCAAUUUUUGGCUCAAAAGUGGAGAAAAGGUAGUUUUCCCAGGUUUUUAGUGAUCUAAUUGGCCUGUAUAAGGAAUGGAUUAUGUUGAAUUUUUUUAGCUUCACGCUCUCCUUAAAUGUAAAAUAUGAUGUCCAUAUAUGUGGCACAGAAUCUGUUA